CACGUGCAUAGUUUCGUAUGCACACAGGAACUGAAAUGGCGGUGUGCAUAGCUGUCAUAGCAAAAGAGAAUUAUCCGCUGUUCAUCCGCAGUGUUCCUACUCAAAAUGAGCUGAAAUUUCACUACACCGUGCACACUUCAUUGGAUGUGGUGGAGGAGAAGAUUUCAGCUGUAGGGAAGUCAUUGGGGGACCAGAGGGAGCUCUACCUUGGUCUCCUCUAUCCCACCGAAGAUUACAAAGUAUAUGGGUAUGUAACAAACUCAAAGGUCAAAUUUGUCAUUGUUGUCGACUCAUCCAACACAUCACUGCGAGACAACGAAAUAAGAAGUAUGUUCAGAAAACUGCACAACGCGUUCACUGAUGUAAUGUGUAACCCUUUUCAUACGCCAGGAAACCCUAUUAAGUCAAAGGCAUUUGAUGAAAUAGUUUCUGGGAUGAUGACUCAAAGUGCUUAAUGUCCUUCACAGCCACCUGUUUACAUUAACCUGCUUUAUAUUGUAUUGUUCUAAAGCAUGUGUAAAUAAAAAAAAUGUUACUGCACUUUUGUAUCAUUUUAAAAGAAGCAUUAGAAAAUUUUCACACAAAGGAUGUGCAAGUUAAAAACGAGUAGUCAUACAUAGGGAGCUCAAACAAUUACUUUAAUUAUUAGUUUGUAAAAAUGGUAGGACACAGCUGCAUGAAUAU